CACAGAUAGUAGUGACAUGAAAGAGAUUUUGAGAAAUAAUUCUGAUAUUCAUUCAGAAAAUACAGGAUUAGAGGCAGAUACAAAUAUAAAUCAAAUAAUAUCAAGUCAUUUGUUACCAUAUGCAGUGAUAGAUUUAAAAGAUGGAAAAUUAUAA